GCCAGUUUUUAUUUAGAACCCUACUGAAGACUGCAACAGUAUCCACAUGGAAACACAGGCAUACAUGUUCACACACUCGCUGUCUGGGGGCCGGGACGUGUCUGAGAGUGUGUGUCUGGGCCCAGCUUGCAUCUUUCUGAGAGGGAGGAACAUUGAGCGAAAACUUGCAGAUGAAGAGAUAGAAGAGUUGCGACUGGCCUUUAGCGAGUUUGAUAAGGAUAAGGAUGGGCUCAUCAGCUGUAAAGAUUUGGGCAACCUGAUGCGGACCAUGGGAUACAUGCCCACUGAGAUGGAGCUGAUCGAACUCAGUCAGAACAUCAACAUGAACCUUGGAGGCCAUGUUGACUUUGAGGAUUUUGUGGAACUCAUGGCUCCUAAGCUCUUAGCAGAGACGGCUGGAAUGAUUGGCCUGAAGGAGUUAAAGGAAGCAUUCAGAGAGUUUGACAUGGACGGUGAUGGCGCCAUCACUAUUGAUGAGCUGAGGCAUGCUAUGAAGAAGCUGCUUGGGGAACACACUAACAGGAAAGAGAUUGAGGCUGUGGUGAGAGAGGCUGACAAUAAUGGAGAUGGAACAGUGGACUUUGAAGAAUUUGUCAGAAUGAUGUCACGAGAUUAAAAACAGAAGAAAGUGAAGAGGAUUUGAAGAGGUUAAACGGAACAGACAAAGAAAAGCAACACAACCACCAACAACAGACACGCAGCAUUACUCAUCUUGUGCCUCAUUUAUCAAGCUGGGAUACGACCGGAUUCAUUCAUAAAUCAUUCCUGUGAGAGUUUCUACCAGACAUUUGUUAUUCAUGAAAAUCCUGUACAUCUGGAAAAGAAAUGUACAUAUAAGAAGGCUGAUUUAUG